AUGCCGCAGGAACAGAAGGUUCUGAAGCUGCACGAUGUCUGGCGUACUUGCAACAAGAUACGAGCCGCCGUGUUUCGCGUCGGACUCGAUCUCUGGGAGUAUUACAAGCCCCUGGAUCCCGACAAACGUUGUCUAAUAUCAGAGUCCAAAUUUAUCUCGGUUUUGGCUGGACCACUGAAAGGCGUGAUUGGUUUAUCGGAUAAAGAGAUUUGCGACUUGGCAGAUUAUUUUCGAAUUCAGGACGGCCGGAUUCUUUACUCGCAAUUUUGCGAAGUUAUUCACGACAGUGUUCCUGAUUUUGAAAAAAAUAAAGCUCUUGUGACUGGUCUGGAAUGGGAGGAUUUGCUGCAUGUAAAUGUCCUAAGCGGCACAGAAACACGAAAAUUAAAUUUGAUAAUCACUCAGAUCGCCGUGUUAGCGAGCAAACAAAAAAUUAUCCUUCGGCCGUACUUUCAAGAUUACGAACUGAUCGCGAAGAAUUUCGGCACGGUUACUCUCGCCCAUUUCGGUCGGAUUUUAAAAUUUCUGGGCAUCGUCCUAGCCGCCGAAGAGUUUCGCCUGCUCGUAAAGAGAUUUGCCAAAGAUGCUUAUACUGUUAAUUACAUAGCGUUUCUAAAGGCUGUCGAUGACGUCCAACGUUACUUGGACGAACAUGGAAUGGCAAAUCUGAGUGAGGAGUUGCUCGAUCAAUUUCCCGGUCGAAUAAUUACGGCCGAGCUACCGAAGCUCCCGCGACCGGAAAUCGGUAAGAUCACGCCCAGCCAAGUGUUCGGUAAGCAAACGGUGUUCCAUCCGGUGACGGAACGACGUACGAGGGAGACGAUGCCUACGCCGGAAGUCGUGAAACGCAUCCAGAGACACAUUCUCGAGCGGCGCAUACGGAUCCACGAGUUCUUCAAGGGUUUCGAGUAUCUGAACGUCGGUCGCGUGACCAUCCCGCAAUUUCGAAAAGCACUGGACGCGCUGCAGAUAUCGUUCUUGGGCCGUCUCUGGCUGGUCGAACCGGAAAUCGAUGCCCUCAUCGCGCUCUACAAGGAUCAGGAUGAUCCCGAUCGCGUGUGUUGGCGCGCGUUCGAGGAUGAUAUAGAUCGGGUUUUCACCGUGAAGGGACUCGACAAAUUGCCAGACCUAAAAGUGGAAUCACCUCCUCAAGAAAUAGUUGAGCUACCUCGUAAGGGUACGUUGAACUGGCAAUGCCAGCCAAAGAGUGUCAGAGAUCUUUGCGAAGAUAUCUUGCAGAGGGUAAGGAAGCGAGUCGAAGAGAGGAGAAUUUUCUUGAAGCAAUUCUUCAAGGAUUACGACAAACACAAUUGCGGUCACGUGGCGCGAGCUCAAUUGAGACAAGUCCUCAUCACGGCGACCAUACUCUUGUCACCGGAAGAAGUGUUCGCUCUGGAGCAAAGGUACAACGACGAUUUGGGCUUCAAUUACAUUCAAUUCCUGCAGGAGCUGGAGCUUCAACCGAUCGCGGAGCCUCUGUAUCUUCGCAUGUUGGAGGAAAAGAAGAAGCUCAACGCCGAAAAACCGCCGUUUGAGCCUCACGAGGACGAGACCAACAUCGUGUUGAUUUUGGCUAAAAUUAAAGCUAAAGUCGUGCGCGAAAGAAUCAAUGUCCUCGAAUUCAUGAGCCAAUACGACAGGCACAACCAGCUUGUCAUCUCGACGCUUGAUUUUAUUAGGAGUCUGGAUCAGCUUCGUUGCGGCUUGACGAGGCGGAAGUAGAUAGAGGCGGAAGUAGAUACGGUUACGAAAGUUUUUCGGGCGUCUCUAAAACCCGGCUUCGUUGAGUACACGAAAUUCGCGGCAGUUAUGGAAGAAGCCGUUGCGACGGCGGGUUUGGAAAAAAUUCCACUCGUAGUCCCCCUGCAACACGUGCCUUCCGAGGCGAGCGUCAGAACCUUCCUGAAUUUUGACGAACGGCAGAUGGUAGCAAUCGCGAUGGAUAAACUGUGCCAAGUGCGGAAUCCGAACCUGGAGGAGGUCUUCAAAGACUACGAUAAGGAGAAUAUCGGCACGGUUUCCAAGGGAUAUUUGCUUAGAACGUUAUCGAUCAGACGAAUGUUAGAGCUUAUCAAUAGCAACGAGUUGGACGCCGUCCACAAGUGCUUCUCCAUUGAGAGAAGCGGCCGCUUGGAGUUCAACUAUCGAGCCUUCCUGCGUGCUUUGCACCUGUUACAAGAGAACAAAAAGAUCUCACUCUUUUAGAAGACGUGGCUGACACGGCUGUAAAUUAAAAAACUGAGAACACUUUGCUGUUCCACCAACGUAAUGUACAUUACGUUAAAUAGUUUAGGUGAAAUUGUUACGUAGUUGUAACACGUGACGCUUCAAGUCGAACAUCCGUUGAAUAUUUAUGUGCCAGAGAAAUGAGUUACCUAAUUUUCGAGAUACUUUCUAUACAUUAAUUUUUAUUAUUCGUACAUAUAUUUUUAAGGUGCUGUGAAAAAUAUAUCUUUGAACAA